UUCCUUGCCACAAACUCCAAGCUGAUCACAAGAAAGAAAUGUAUUCUUCAGCUCAUGGCAAUGCAAAAUAUGCACCAACAGGGUUCCCAACUGCCCCCAUGAACAUGCCUCCUUCCCAUGUCUCACACUUCCGUGGAAUAGCAAGUGCUGCUACAACGUGGUCUACUGGCCUUUGCCAUUGUUGUGAUGACCCUGCCAAUUGUUUCAUCACUUGUUUCUGUCCCUGUGUUACCUUUGGACAACUUGCUGAAAUCGUUAACAAAGGCUCUAUCUCUUGUGCAGCAAGUGGUGGGGUUUAUGGAUUGCUGGCUCUUACAGGGUUUUCCUGCUUGUAUUCAUGUGUUUAUAGGUCGAGAUUGAGAGGACAAUAUGAUUUGGAAGAGGCUCCUUGUGCUGAUUGCUUGGUUCAUUUCUGCUGCGAGACUUGCUCACUUUGUCAAGAAUAUAGAGAGCUCAAGAACCGUGGAUUUGAUAUGGGGAUCGGUUGGCAAGCAAACGUGGAUCGACAAAGCAGAGGGAUUACAGCUGCUCCCGUCGUAGGACCUAUGACAAGAUGAUUAUACUCAGACCUCC